UGUAAUUCAGCCAAUGUCAAUUUUGCGCGAUUGAAAAUUGCACUACAAUUUUUAUUUCAAUGUUUUUUAAUUCUGUGUAUUUCUCUCUAUUCUUAGGUACUUUAUUUUAUUGUAGAGAAAAAUAAAUAUAGAUUCCCCAAAUUCUAUAGUAGCUACGCAUAUUUUUUGGUUUCUGCAGUCAUGUUCGUUCUAGCUUCGACCGCGUCUCCACUAAAAAUAAUGUAACCUACGAUAAUAUGGUUAAUUUUGGAGCGGCAGGUAGUGGAGCCAAAUAAUAUUUUCAGCCAGUAACUGAGCUAUAAUAAACAUUACAUUCCUUCAGCAUUCACUUUCGAAUACGCCGGUACAUAGCAAUAAUAGGUUACGGAAUAAAUCUAGAAAUUAAGUCAAGACGUUCUACCUCAACAUAAGCAAUAUGAAAAAUAAGUUUAGGAAUACAGAUUCGGCAAUCAAAGCUGGUGAUCUUAUAUUAACCGAACAACCAUUCGCGUUUGUUUUGUCUUCCAAGGAAAGGGGAAUUCGCUGUGAUAAUUGUUUGGAAAAGGGCAAGGUUCUCAAGUGCUCCGGAUGCCAAUUUGUGCACUACUGCGGCCGGUCAUGCCAACGGGAUGCCUGGGGAGAUCACAAGUGGGAAUGCGCGAAUCUGAAGCGGGUGUCACCCAAGGUGAUACCUGAUGCUGCACGCAUGCUGGCCAAGAUCAUCAACCGACUGAGCCGGGGGGACGGACAUUCUUACAGGGCGUUCUACUCGGCCACUUCCUUUAGGAUGUGGAAGGAUCUUAUGUCACAUUACUCAGAUUUGAAGACAGACCAGAAAAGGAUGGAGCACUUCGCAUCACUGUGCAGAGUGCUACACGAGUUUCUGAAGGACAUCUCCUUGCCGAACGCUGUUGAAAUGAUGGGCUUGUUUGGAAGGAUGGUAAUCAACAGCUUCACAAUACUAGACAUCGAUAUGAACUCCAUAGGGACUGGGGUGUACUUAGCAUCAUCUAUAGUGGACCACAGUUGUGAUCCAAACGCAGUGGCCACGUUUGACGGGAAGACUAUCAACAUACGGGCGUUGAGGGAUAUGCCUUGUUUAGACUGGAAUCAGAUCCGCAUAUCAUACAUUGACCUGAUGCAGACCCCAUACGAGCGCCAGAGGGAGCUACUGGAGAACUACUACUUCCUGUGCCAAUGUGACAGGUGCAUGGAUGAUGAGCAACUGAAAACUGUACACGCUGCGAAUUGUCUCAAUCCGAAUUGCGAUAAUCCAAUAGUUAUACCUUGGAAAGAGAAUUGCCAAUUGGUCAUGAAACCUGAACAAAAUGGACACAAACAAAAUGGAUAUCACGAUCAAAAUGGUCAGAAUCAUAACGAGAAUGGAAUAGAUUGUGAAGAAAAUGGACAAGGCGAAGUGAAUGAUAAUCACAAAGAAAAUGGAACGGAUGAUGUUACAAGGUGUGACGAGUGCGGGUCUAAAUUUACGGAGGAACAAAAAGAAAUAUUCGUCAAAGCUAUGGAGUUUACUGAACUGCAUUUGCGGAAUAUGAAGGACGCUUCUGUUGCAUACGUGGACGUGUGCGUGUACUGCCUGUCGCAGCAGCGCGACGUGCUGCACGCGCUCAACGUGACGCACGCGCAGACGCUCGACCACGCCUUCGACGCGCUGCUGCUCGUGCGCAUGUGGGACCGCGCCCUCGCCGUCGCCGCGCAGCUGCUGCCCGCUUUCAGAUUCUAUUACGGAGAUCGACAUCCUCUACUUGGACUGUUGCAUGUGAAGUAUGGAAAAAUAUUGCUCUACAAAAUGGACUUGGAAAAUGCUUUAGAACAACUAAAAUGUGCAGAAAAGAUACUAAGGAUCACCCAUGGUGUGAAGCACCCUUUAUAUAAAGAUCAGUUACUGCCAUUGUUAACACAAGCAACUUUAGAAUCUUCUUAGAAUUCAAAAGGGCGUGUAGUGUUAUUAUAGUGAUAAGUGAAAACACCAAUAUUCCGAAGCCUUAUUGCGAUUAAGAUGAAUAAAUACAUAUUUAUAUUUUAUACAUUUUGAGUCAAAUUAGUAGACUAUAUUAUUUAUUUCAAUUUUACAAUGUCAAUUAUUUUUAUCCGUAAGCAAAAGGCUGUGUGUGCAAUAAAUAUGAUUUGGAAAAGUC